AUGCAGCAGCGUGCGAAGUUCUUGAGGCAGAAGAUGGCUCAGCUGGUGCAGGAGGUGGAAGAGAUGUACCAGAGGCAGGGAGAGGAAGAGAUGGACGAGAAACAGAGGUGUGAGAAAGAGAGGGGCUUUUCCUGGGGAGCCCUACUCUUUGCUGCCUUGCAGCAGUGGCAGUUCUGGGCAAUCGCUGGAGUCCUGGUCCUGCUCUUUGGACUCUCCUGGUGGCUCCCGAGAAGGAGCUCUGAGCCAGAUGGGAACAGAGAGAGCAAGGAGUACCAGAGCAGUGACAGCAAUAGGGACCACAAAAGUCACAGAAAGGAGGACCACAACAGUCACAGCAAGGAGGAACAGGAAAGAGUAGAUGAAGAGGAAGAAGAAAAUUAUGCAAAUCACGUGAGAACAAAUCUUGAGAGACACAUCUCGGGGCAAGCUGCAGAUCUGGCUACAGACUGCCAGACUGUGGAGUACUUCACGGACAGGUUAAUCAGUACCCUCAGAAGGUUGUUGUCAAAUACUUUCCUACCGAAUUUGGAAGCAGCCAUCGGGGUGGGCAGCGCCUUCGAAGGUUGGAGUCCGCGUGAGGAAGACAUGACCUUCCGCGUGUUCGUGCCCAUGACACCUCCCCGUGGGCACGUCUUCCACCUGGAACUGGACACUGAGAAGACGAUCCCGGGAAGGAACUUCCGUAUCCAUGUUGAGCAAGUGUGUACCUGCAGGAGGGAGCAGUAUCCAGGAGAGAUGCUGUGCUUCCUCCACAGGCCUGAGGAAGAGCUGAGGAACAAGCAGGGCCGCAGCAUCCUCGACCUACUCUGCACUGGCUCCUACCUUGAUGUGCACAAAACUGCCCACUGGUUCAAUCUCUUGGUGAAAGAAGCUUGGGUGAGUUUUCCCGAGUCACACACGUGCAAGCUAAAGAUGCUGCCAUUCAGCCGCUCCUGCAAGUUCCAGAUGAAGAGAGGCAGUGGCAAAUGCAUACUCAUUGAGAUGAUGUUUGGGGUGAGGCAAGACAACUCAGAUAUCUUUGUGAGCAGCCAGAGUACAGAGGCCGUCUUCACCCCAGACACGAUGUGGCCAGAGAGCUAUGCUGUGGCAGAGGCAAAGUUCUUCAGGCUUAUGGCCAGGGACAUCCCACACAACAGCUUCCACCUCAAAUGCCUGCAUGUCUUUGCCCAGAUGGUGGUGGGCUCAGACUUUUCCAGCUGUACCUUCAAGACUGUUGUGAUGCACCUCCUGACCACCACACCCCUGUCAGGCUGGACCAGGAGGGAUUUUCCGCUGCGGCUGCUGGAAAUCAUGCGAUACCUGCGCCACCGCCUGAAGGAGAAACGGCUCAACCACUUCUUCUUGGGCAACGAGGGGGUGCCUGAGGAGAUCGUCUUGCCCUCAGACAUCCGAGAGGCUGAACCUCUCAACCUCUUCCAGCACCAUGCUGAGGCAAGGCAUGAGUUUGAGGAGCUUCAAGAUCGGCUCACAAGACUGCUGCUCUUGGGCCACUGA